AAAGUCUCUUCAGGAGCCGUGGGACCUCCACAGGAGCAAGUGUGAACUGACUGACCGGACUGUCCCUGGGGGUGGGGGGGUUGAUAACAAACAGGUCCAACGAUGUGUUCACGUUCAGUGCUGAUGUUUUGGACCGUUGCGGCGCUCUUUCCCUCCCCGCUGAGCAGUGUGGAUUCCGGGACAGCCCAGAGCGCAGUCCCGCAUCCAAACAACGACAACCCUGACGAACCGGAGAGGUGUCUCCAGCCCCCCAUCAGCAGGUUCAUCUCGCGCGCGUCGGGGUCCUCCACCUCAACUGACGAGGUGCUGGAGUCCAGCCAGGAGGCGCUACACGUGACGGAGCGUCGGUACCUGCGCCUGGACUGGUGCAAGACGCAGCCGCUGAAGCAGACCAUCCGCGAGGAGGGCUGCCUGAGCCGCAGCAUCAUCAACCGCUUCUGCUACGGACAGUGCAACUCCUUCUUCAUCCCGCGGCAUGUGUACGAGGACGACAGCGCCUUCAAGUCCUGCUCGGCCUGUAAACCCAGGACCUUUAGCACCGUCACCUACACGCUCUUCUGCCCGGGCCAGACGCCCAGCACGCGGAGGAAGCGUGUCCAGCGCGUGAAGCAGUGCCGCUGCGGGACGGUUAAUGCGGGGUAGAGCCGCCAAAAGGGCUGAUGGGACUGGUCCCAGAGCAUGAAAAAUGUACAGAAAACUAUUAUUUUAACGAUGUGGUCCUGGUGAAGAGUCCACGUGCGCGCAGGAUUCCAUCUGUCAUCUGCAUAAAGUUGUUUUUAUCAGAAAAAAAAGAAAAAGAGACUUUGUUGUGACCUAAGCAGGUGAAUAACCUGAGGAUCCGGAGGUGAUCAUAUUAGUACAAAUUUGUAUUUAUUUAUUUUUUGCUGACUUUACACUACGUCUUGUGUGUUUUACCACUCCUCUAAAACGCACACGUGUCCGAUGACUGAGCAAAAAUGAUGGGAAAGGGUUAACUUGCUGGCAGAACGGUUACAUUUUAAGAUACAUUUAAAGACUGCACACCAGUUACUGAUCAGGGAGACAAAGUUCUUGAAGUAUAGCUCUGAAUUUAAAUAUUUAGAUUUACAAAAAUGAUUCAACACAAAUGUUGGAUGAUGGGAUAGUAAAAGUAGAGGAUGAAGGAGCCACAGCAGUCAUAAAAUGUCGUGUUUCACAUUCUUGUAUUUUAAAUUCAAGCAGGAGCAUCUGAUUUGACUCAGGGUGUAUUUUAUUUUCAAAGGAAUUGUCAUUGUGAUAAACUGAAAAAUUGUCCAUAACAGUUAUAAUUUAAUAAAAAAAAUAAGCAGCUUAAUGGUCAGAAAUAAAGUGUAUUUGCAUUUAAAACAGAUCAAUACUUAUGAUCAUUUUAUGCCAGAGUUUGGCAUCACAACGAAAUCCUGUGGGAUUGAAGGUGCUGCAGGCGUUUUAUUUUAUCAAAGCUCCGUAGCAAUCUUAAUAUUUUAUGCCCGUUACGGUCUGAUUAAAAUAUAUACUAUUUUUCCUGUCUGUGAAUGUAAAUGUAAGUUGCCAUGGAAACCAGAGUUUGCACACGUCCUGUCCCAAAGUCUGCUUUGACUUUGGCUCAGACAAAUUCUGUCUCAGCCUAAAUAUUGACACAUUUAUGUUUAACUGCUAGUAAAAUUAUUUUAAUCAAAAAUUAAACUUUGAUUUAACACAGUGCCCUUCACAAAGGUCAGAGGUCAUGACUGCAAAAGACUUAAAAGGUCUUUGGAAAACACAUUUUGUGAUAAGCUCUCAUCCAGAGGCUGGGAAUAAAUUAUUUUUGCUCUGAAGUCUAUGGAAUGUUUAUGAUGGAGGACAUAUA